AGUUUUUAGGUGAUCAUGACAGAGGACGACAACCCUCUCUUGACGAAGCAGUCGACCAUUUGCAAGAAACAUACAAGUACUAGUACUAACAGAAAACUAUGAUAUAUAAAAGUUGCACACACGUUGCAAAAUAUUAUGGGUUGGGGGCGAAUUAUUAGGUUGCUCAAAUGACUUGGUCUUGCUAAAUGGAAAAUUUUGAAAAUUCGAACAUGCAAAUGCCAUUUCCUGUGAUUUAGGCAUUGAGUUGUUCACACCAGUUUUACCUCGAGGCAAAACUAGCCUGGCAAAUUGACCAUAUUUUAGCCAAAAAUCAACAAUUUGAUGAACCAUGAUCACACAAGGUUUAGAAGGAAGGAAGUUUUAGACGUCUCUGUUGCUCUGUUUACAACGGCAAAAUACAUAGAGGAUAUUACACGGCGGCGCGAAGAUAUGACUUUUAUCUUCGAGUGGUGAAAACAAUACUUCAGUCACCAUGUAAUGUUCUGUUUAUUAUAUAGUCCCAAGCAAAGAAUUGUAUAAAAUACUAAAAGUCAUGUGAUCGAUAUCUUCACUAGUGAAGAUUGAAGAUAUGGAAAAUGUGUCACUGUGUAUUUUUCAGUAUCUCACUCUCUACUAUAUAAUAAAGAUUAUCAUGUUAUGUUUCAAGCUGGGACAAGUGCUAUUUAAAUUAGGUUGUCGAACGUUUCUCAAUCAUAAACCCUGUGUUAAUCUUGAUCCUUAAACUGUAUCAUUUUCAUACGAUGGAGAAUAGAUGACAGGUUUUCUUCUGCAUUCAUUUGGUUCAACAAGUUUGUUUGCCAUCGCCUUCCCAUCCUAUACGUGCUUAAUUAAGAUCGCUAAUAUCUUGCUUCACAGUGCUUCUAAAUCCAUAAAAAAUAUUAACAUAUUAUGCAAAUACUUUAUAUUUUUAAAAUCCACCAUAUUUAUUUACAUUAGUGCCCAGGCUUUUGCGGUUCACACAAACUAUUACGCCACGCCUCUGAUGUCACACCCAUUAUUUCCACUGAUAAUAGGAGGGUAGGAUCAAAGUGGGCAUUGUCAUUUGCUAACCCAAUCAGCUGUCUGGGUUCUGUCGCAUGUGACCUGUUCAAAUUGAUGCUUUAUGAUUAAGUGAUACCAUAGCAGCCUCGAUAAUAUAUGUGCCAUCUAAGGAAGUUGGGGACAUAUAUAUGAAAAUAACGUUUCCUCCUUAUAUACAUUAUCUUGUAUCUACUGUAAUUCCUUAAUAUUACCCAUUUCUGCUUGAGACCAAACCUGUGUCGCAUUCUCUGAAAAUUGUUUAAUUAAUGUACCAAACUUCUAUAAAGAGUCCUCAAUAGUCCAACAAGUUAUUUUGUUAUCCUCAAUUUAAUACAAUUUGUAAUGGGGUAAACUUCUAAUUUACUCCAGAGAGUAUGAAAGAAAGAAGAGAGGGGCAUUCAGGAUCUCUGUGCAAAAAGGUAAAACUACUUGGGUUCAGAGGGGGGGGGUAACUUAUGUACAAAGUUUUCACAAUUCUAGGGGUGCCGGGGCAUGUUCCACCGGGAAAAAGUUAAAUUUUGAGUCUUUGAAAUGCCCCUGCUCACAGUUUAAAAUUUCCAGUAUCCCUUUGCGAUGUCUACAUGUACAAUACUAAAACUGGUAUUUGAUACCAAACUGUGAAUAUUCGUCUUGUAUCACAAAUUGAUACUACAGAAUUUUGAAGAUUUGAAUAACAUUGAAAUUCUUCGGUGAUUCCGGAACAGCUUUGAAUAUGUAGUACUAAAUCUGCCAAAAUAAAAAUAACCAGUAUAGCGUAUGGACGUUUGUGGAAAGUUUAUGUACAUACUUUUUGUGUAUGUUGGUGUUAUGUACUGUAUGUUAUGUACAUUAUGAUGUUUGUGGUGUUAAUCUGAGUGUACAUCCACACCGGGCAAGCUGAAACGUUUGCCUGACCUUUGGAAUCGAACCCGCGAUUCUUACCAAGAGCAGCAGUAAAACAUUUGUGAACUUAAGCCCGUUUUCCACUUCACCAUUUCGCUCGCCUCCCCACGCUCGAUUACAUUAAAACAACAUUUCCAGUUCACUUUUAUAAUACAUGACUCCGAUUCUCCAUUUACAGUAACGUACUAAGGUACAUUUUGAAUUACGUUGGACAAAGCUACAGUUCGGUUGGACACCACGACAAUACACUCGGGUCGGACAAACAAUAAACCUCAGUUUCACUCAGGUCAAACAAAAUGUCCGGUGGUUUCCUCUCUAUGUUGGACAAUUUCACGAAUGGGUCGGACGCGACGGACAAUUUCUGUGAGCGACCGAUAUUUUAAGGCCUGAAUAAUAGGAUAUGACUUGCCAUAUUUGUACCUAAGGUUCAGUGCAGGAAAAGUUCGCUGUUUAAACCGGACCUAAAAGAUACUUAUUUGAAUGGGUCAGGGAAAUAUUACUUAUCGUCUCCACUCUCCAGUAUUCAGCUGUGGGAUCCCAAAUUCUUUUGGGGUACUAAGAUCCUUGUUUCGCGGUUGGAUUCUAAAAAAAUCAUCGUAAUGUUGGAAAAUCCAGAUGCUCUUCUCGGAGGGAGUAGAAUUUGAAAUUCUUCUUAUUUAAUUAUAUUUUCUCUCAGUUUAUCAAGCAAUAAAGAAUGAAAGUGCCGAGGAUAGAAAACUUCAAGAACUAGAAGACAAAUUUCUGGGAAAGAGAAAGCAAGAUGACAGUUUAAUGUAAGAAUUUUUAAUGGACUAAAUUAUAUACCUGUGGCUAAAUUUUUGGUUUUUGUCAAGCGGUAGAAAGUAGUGCAUUUGGCAACCAACAACGGCGACGCUAGAAAACAAAUUUAUACUUUUGUAUUCGAGCCAAAACCUAUACAUUACUAAACAUUUAAAAGCAUUUAUUUCUCAUCGUUACGAUUUGAAAAAGGUAUCAUAGAAAAGCUAAAUAACAGCUCUUUCGUCCUAUGUAAAAAUUGAAUUGUUUAGCUUAGUUUAUGAUGCACCACAGACACCCUGUAUAUGUCCAGCAAGUUCUCAUGACGUUGAAUUCCAUCUUUCUUUCAGAACAAUCGAGUUGAGUGAUCCUGAAGGUGGACUCAGUCUUUCUUCUGACUCCGAGUUUUCUGAGGAUGAAAUGAGAAAAAAUGUACCGGUGAGUUAUUUGAAACUUUUUAAAAGCACCGCUCAGCGGAAUUUGUUACUUGAAAAGUUGAAGAUAUUAACCCAACACACAUGUUUCACAAUUAAGGUCUUAUAUAAUAGUGUAUGACACUACGGCUAACAGUCCGUUAAAAAUUUACUACGUUUCUAGUAUUAAGACUAUAUUGUGUUUACACUAUAACCGAGCGGUUGGCUGUAGCGUACUAACUACGGAAUUAUAUUGUGUUUACACUAUAACGGAGUGGUUUGCCGUAGCGACUAACUACGGAAAUCAAUUCCGUUAAAAAUUCACUACGUUUCUUAGUAUUGUGUUUAUACUAUAACGGAGUGGUUUGCCGUAGCGUAUUAAGUACGGACCACUACGUUUGGCACUCCGGAUGCAAAUCACUACGCUACGGUAAAUUUGCUGUAGCGUCAUAGUGUAAACACGGCCUCGCAGUCUAACCUGUAUACGUCCACACAAACUGAAAAUACUGUUGACACUUUCAGUGAUUACGGAAGUUCGAGAUAAACAAAACUUAAGGCUGCAUUCCAGUUACGCGUUUUUCAAAAAGUUGAAUUCGCUUAAAAUUUCAUAUAAGUGCAAAUAACCUGAACAAAUACACAUUAAAUCAUACACAAAACUGAAUGCUGUCGUUUUAUCAAUUUAGUUAUUUCAUAGGUAGGAUGUAAAGGGGCUUCAACGAUCAUAAGGGGCUUCGGUGGCCAAGUGGUUAGCGCACUUGCCUUUCACCUCUGAGGCUGCAGGUUCGAAUCUCACUAAGUACCUUCUCAGUGCGACUCGAACCCAGUCCCCAUGUGAAAAGAGUAAAAGUCAACGCUCUGCCGAAAGCCGUGGGUUUUCCCCGGGUACUCCGGUUUCCUCCCACAGGGAAAGUUGACAGGGUGGGUUAGGUAAAAAGGGCCCACAGUAAUUGGCAUAUGCUGUUGUGGUGACCCUGCCCUAGUUGGCAAAGCUAAAUAAAGCGAAUUCAACUUUUACGUUUAAUAGAGGUGACUGUUAAUAAAGGUCACUUAAAUAGUAUUUAUAAUAAUAUAUUAUGAAAUUUUCAGGACUUUGCCACAUGACCGCUUGACAACGGGUGCAGACUGCUUGAUACGAAUUACAGGUAAACUACUAGCCCGCGUGCAGGCCCAAGGGAGCAGGCCCAAGGGAACUUGAUAGUGGGCCUGCAAGCAAGGCCCGGUAUUUUGUACUUUCCGCGUUCGCCCACGAACGCGGCAUUCUGAUUGGCUGUUUGCUGUUGGAUUCUAUAAUUAGGUCAGUGAUUCAUCACAAAGGCUCUCGAUAAGCUCAAAAUUCGAAAAUUGAUCACUUUUUUCGAUUAUAAAUGGAACAAGAACAGACUGUUUAUUGUUUACUAGAAGGAAGAGAUGUUUUUGCCGUUAUGCCAAUGGGGAUUGCUUGUCGUGAGUUGUUGGAAUAGCAACAUUACGACUGGGGUACCUUUACUUGAGUUUCAUUAAUUUCAAACAGAUUUGUUACGUUAUAUGUUCCUCAAGAAAAUUAUCUUUUGGUUGAUGUUGAGAUGCAGUUGCAUGUAAGCCUAUUAGAAACACUUUGCGAUUUACAAGGCUUCGCUGAGAGAACGAAACAGAAGACGGUAUAUUUAAAUUGCCGUUUGAAACGAAACGAUCUGGACUCUGAACGCUCUCUUCUUUUGUAGAGUUCUUUACCAAAUGAAAUAACUCAAAUAAAUUUCGUACUUUCCGCCGCCAACAAGAAUUGCACACACGAUCUGAUAAGUGAGACAAUUUUUUUAUAACAAUGCCAACGGCGACAGCGAAACAACAUUAUAAAUGCUAAUGUGGUCGCACGACUUCCCUCACGAUCUGAAGUUUGAGACUGGUUUUCUGUUGAAAUUCGUCCUAAUUUGCCUGUUCCGAUUUUAGUUGAAAAUGAGCACUUGCAAAUUUGGCAAUUACUGACUGCGUUCAGUGCGUUGCUUGCUUUUUUGGAGUUAAAACGCAGCCAUUUACACAUUGUUUAUGUUCUGAAUAUGCAGAGAAAACCUCGCAACAUUUUAAUGCGAGUUUGUUUGUUAAUAUUUGGGUGCUGUCAUUGGUUCUUUUUUGACACUUGACGCGCGAAUGGGGCGUGUUAUGAAAAGGGGCGUUUUACAAAAUACCGGGCCUUGCUUGCAGGCCCACUAUCAAGUUUCCUUGAGCCUGCUCCCUUGGGCCUGCACGCGGGCUAGUAAACUACGUGAAGCGUUCCUCUUUUGACUUCAUAACUCAUUUGGAAUUUCCCUCAUUAGCUUUGCAAAUUUGAAAAACUCUUUGCAAAUCCCUUGAGGAAUUUGCAAUAUUCCUAUCGGAUGUUGCAAUAUUCCAAUGCAACAAACUUCAUUUUACAUUUUCCUAACUUCCUGUUUUAAUUUCCUAACUUCCUGUUCUGUUCUGAGCGUUGUUAUUGGCAGUGGCGUAGCCAGCCCGACAAUUUAGUCCCGCUAUGCAAAUUCAAAAUUAUUAUCAUCAUUCAUUUCUUUAGAAAUUGAUUGUUUUACAGGCAAUGAACACGAAAAUAUUUGCAUAGCGGGACUAAAUCGUCGGGCUGGCUACGCUGCUGGUUAUUGGUCGAUUAUUUUUGUUAGUCAAUUGCAACGCCCAGAACAGAACAGGAAGUUAGGAACUUGUAACAGGAAGUUAAGAACUUCUAACAGGAACUGUGGAAAGUUUAAUUGGCUUUUAGCAACAUUGCAAAUUUCCUCAAGGGAUUUGCUAGGGAGUUUUUUAAAUUGGAAAAGUAAUCAGGAAAAUUGCAAUCAAUUUAGAAACUCAAAAGAGGAACGCUUCACGUAGUUUACCUGUAAUACGGUGUCGCUUAAUAUAAGUUCGACUGUAUUUAAGUUGGAUGCACUUAUAAUUGCAUUUCUGCACGGGGUCAUAACCUUAAUAUUCUUUCUAUUGGUUUCCUCUAAAUUUGUUCUUUUAUUUAUAUUAUUACAAUUAUCUUUUCACACUCGACUUUUUCUCUUCCUUCGACUUCAGACUGGAAAUUUAGUGAAUCGAUCCAUGCACGAAAUGUACAAGACGUCGAACUCGAGAAAAAAUUCAGAAGACGAAACAGAAAGACCCACAAAUGACGCCUCGAACUCAUCGCAAAUAUUUACGGAAGUAAUCAUGCGAGUAAAUUACGAAAACGCAACACCGUCGCCAGAUAAUCGGAGUAAUUUGAACGAAAAUGAAACGAGUAUCUCGGCCAAAAACAAUGAUGUUACCAAUGAUGUCCGCACACCUAAUGUAAACUCAAUUUCAGAAACACCUGGUUUAAACAGUGAGCCUCUGGGAGAUAGAAUGCAGCGCAAAAAGUUGAAGAGAAAAGAUGGGAGUUCUUCUCGUUCGAAAGAAACUCAAAAGAAAGCAAGUGUAAAGGACAUUUUAACAGACGAUUCAGGUACUAAUUAAUCAUUCGAGACGUUCACUGACCGAAAU